AUGGAAAACCAGAGCAAAACCGUCUUCAUCGCCAGCAUCCCGUUCGACUACACCGAGGAGCAGGUGCUGGAGAUUGCCAGAUCCGUUGGUCCGGUCAUCGACAUCAAACUUCUAUUUGACUCCUCCACAGGAAAGUCCAAGGGAAACGCCUACAUCCGCUAUGGUGACAGUGAAACGGCCCUUUCGGCUGUCAGAAACCUAAAUAACAUGAACGUGGGAAACCGGUACUUGAGGUGCACGCUAGCCUCUGACGAAGACGCCCUUAGUGAGGGUUUGACUGGAAACGCAGCCAAACUACCGCCUUUGCCUUUGGGUGUGCAGUUAUUUCCAGGACAAAGCUCCCAGCAGGCGAUUCUGGAGUUGUUGUCGAGGUUGGACUCGCAAACGGCCGCUCGUAUAUUGAAGGAAGCCAAGUCGAUGAGCUUGGAAAACCCUGUUCUUAUGAAAAAGCUUCUAGACCAGUGUCCCCAGCUAUCGCAUGCGUUGGUCGAGACCAGCUUGAUGAUGAACGUGGCCAAUAAAAACCUUGUGGAGUUGUGUCUCAACCGAAGGCAACCCGAUUUGGACCAGUUGACGACGGACCAUGUGGAGCUUUUGCGUUAUGUCAACGGUUUGACGGACGAGGAGCUUGCAACGCUUGAUGCGGACAAGAGGAAGAUCGUGAAGGAUAUCCAGACCGAGAUUGGAAAGGGCUCCUACGGUGUUAUUGAGAGUGACGCAAAGGCCUAG